AUGACCGAAAAUUCAAAUAGCAAGGAUGUUGUCAGGUUUUACGAUGAGGCUGCACGUAAUGGCGGAAGUAAUUCGCUAUUACGUAGAAGACAAGCAAGCAUAUUUUACCUUAGAAAUUUCAACAAUUGGACGAAAGGCAUCUUCAUCGCAAACAGCUUGGAGAAGUUGAAUGUCCCAUAUAAAUGUGCCCGAGUAUUGGAUUUAUGCUGCGGCAAAGGAGGUGACCAGUUGAAGUGGUUACGCGGUGCCGUUCAGCAUGUAACUUUUGUGGAUAUAUCCAGUGAAUCUGUAGAAGUUUGUCGUCAACGGUAUGAACAAAUGUGUAGAAAUAAAUGGUCUGUUUUCACUGCAGACUUUUUCGUUGCCGACUGCACAGAAGUUAUCCUGCCUCAAAUACUCCCAUCUGGUAUGAUGUAUAACUUGGUCAGCUGUCAGUUCGCACUUCACUAUGCAUUUGAAAGCGUAAAUCAGGCACGUAGGAUUUUAUCGAAUAUCAGUUCCCUCUUGCAAGAAAACGGCUACUUCAUUGCAUCAAUUCCAAACGCUUAUGAACUUGUGCGCAGAGCCAACGCCGCAAUGAAUGAUCAGGCACAAAAUUUCGGCUCGAAAUCUGAUGUGAAAGAAAUUACUUUUGGCAAUUCUGUAUAUUCAGUCACAUUCCCAGCCACUUCAUUCUCAGCUAAACGUUUAGAAAAUGAAAAAGGAAGCACUGUUCAAUUAACAUUCCCCUUAUUUGGAGCCAAGUACAGCUUCCAUCUAGAUGGGGUUGUGGACUGUCCUGAAUACUUAGUGUAUCCACCCCUCUUAGACAAACUAGCCGCUGACUAUAACUUGAUACCUUCGCAGAAAUGUAUCUCAUUUGCCAAACAUUUUUACACUGUAUUAACUUCUCGCUCAAGUGUGCAAGAACCCACAGAGUUACUUGUGAAAAUGGAAGCCUUAGAGUCAAGAUACGGCGAUCCUGACGAUAAAUUUACAGAUGAUAGUGAAUAUUCUCAUCUGAGAGAGCAUCAGGAUGACCAACAUCGGAGGACUUCUUGCUUUGGAACGCUUUCCAAAUCUGAAUGGGAAGUAACUACUAUGUACUCCUUAGUAGCGUACCAAAAAAAGUCAAAUAAAACUUAA